AUGCUGGCCAGGAAGCACGGGUAUGACCUGCGGCGUACAAAGUCUGAGACCUCUGAGAUGAACCAGAACAUCAGCCUGCUCAAGGCUGAGAUUGAUGGCCUUAAAGGCCAGAGGGCUUCCCUGGAGGCUGCCAUCAUAGACACUGAGAAGCGCAGGGAGCUGGCCAUUAAGGAUGCCAAUGCCAAGCUGUCCGAGCUGGAGGCCGCCCUGCAGUGGGCCAAGCAGGACAUGGCGCAGCAGCUGCGUGAGUACAACAAGCUGAUGAACAUCAAGUUGGCCCUGGACAUUGAGACUGCCACCUACAGGAAGCUGCUGGAGGGUGAGGAGAGCCGGCUGGAGUCUGGGAUGCAGAACAUGAGUAUCCAUACAAAGACCACCAGCGGCUAUGCAGGUGGUCUGAGCUCUGCCUAUGGGGGCCUCACAAGCCCUGGCCUCAGCUACGGCCUGGGCUCCAGUUCCUUCAACCACACCAGCUCCAUCAGGGCCAUGGUUAUGAAGAAGAUUGAGACCCAUGAUGGGAGGCUGGUGUCUGAGUCCUCAGACAUCCUGCCUAAGUGAACAGCUGCAGCAGCCCCUCCCA